GGCGCGAUGCCCGAGCUUUUGGGGGCGGUCCCAGGCCGGGAAACCGAAACUCUCUCCCGGCUUUGAAAGCUCCCUCCUUUUGCCGCUCCAUCCUCACUUCUGCAACUUCAGCCUAGAGAAAGCAUCUCCCACGCAGGACGGAGCCACGCGGGAAACAGGAGACCAGAGCCGGAGGGAAAAAGCAGGCUGGCCGGACUUUGUGGAAAGAGACCCUCGCUGUGAUUUUCAUCAACUUCUGAGUGAGUUUUACCAGACCUUUGGUGACCAUGGCCCAUUGCAACGGGGUGGUCCGCAUGCCGCUGGACGGCCUCCAGAAGCAGCUGGCGUUGUACUUGGCUUGCUCCAAAUGCAGCGUACAGCAGGAUGAGAUCACUUACAAACUGAAGGAGGUGGAUCAUCGCUGCAUGAUGGAGAUCCUCCUCGCCCAGCCCAAGGGCAAGCCCAGCCCAAUGUGGCGGAAAGUCAGCAGGAGGCCCGACUUCCCCAACCCAGCCCACUAUGCCGUCUGCUGGCACUACGUCCCUGGCGUGGGUUGCACAAAGCACAGGAACCGGUGCACUUUUGCCUGGAGCCUGGAGGAGGUGAUUGUGUGGACCUUUGAGAGGCAAAACAAGAUGGAAAGGCACGUGCUUAAGAAGCUCCUGCGCGGGGCUCAGACCAAAAACGUAGCCAACCGACUCUCCAAGCCUCCAGAUCUCAACAUCUCGGGGGACAUUUGCAGCGAGUUUGGAGGCCAUUUCCAGGAGAUCUGCAAAACCUGUUUUUAUCAGACCCCGCAAAGGAUUUCCACUAAGGAUUUAAGCCAGUCCUGCCAAAGGCACUGGGAGGCCCUUUUGGUCCAUGUGGUUACUGACAGCAAGAGUAAAGAGCAGUACACAGAAAUACGGCCCUGCCUUGGAGCUGCGGUGCAGCUCUCCUACUGUCGGUCUAUCUCUUCUGGCGCACGGUGCAGGAAUACCAUCCAUCGGUGCAAACAUGCUCACAGUGCCGUGGAACUGGCAGUCUGGGAGGCAGAGAAGAGCCAUGGCUUGGCGCGCAUAGACCUCUUGCGCACGCCGGCGGACUGCAAGCCGGCAGAAAAGGAGCCGCAGCCCAAAGUCCGGUUCUAUUGCAGAGUUUGCCUGGUGACCUGUGACUCUCAGGAGAGAUUUGAGAACCAUUGUUCCUCCUUGGAACAUUCUCAGAUGAUCACCACCGACACCAUGAAUGAGUGGACCCACCGCGCUCCUCCAUAUAACACAAAGGCCUUUGCUCUUUGCAGCCGAGCUGACGUCUGUGAAUACGGAGAAGACUGUGCCAAAGCCCAUUCCCAGGAGGAGCUGGCGGAGUGGAUCCAGAGAGCCAACAUUGCUGAGACAAACAAGAGGUCAGCCAAGGAAGAUGGCCUCCUCUCUUACCAGGACCGGCUCCUUGCGGAGUAUCAAGAAAGCCAUAAUGAAGUCUUCAUUAUUUCAGAGGAAGUGGAUGGUGUGAGAGUCACCUGCAAGGAGCCUCUGCGGGUGCAAUCAGAUGACAAAAAGAUGCGCUACCAGUGGCAUUUCACUGUUCAUUCCCAGAAGCCGCUGGUUCACGUGGCUUUGCUGAAAAGAAUGCCAGGGGCAGCGUUUUCCCUAAUAGCAGAUGGGCACAAAUCAGGGCUGAUGUAUGCCGAAGGAAAGCGAUUCAAGGCUCAGCGUGAAACUGGUGCCAUUGAAGUUGAAGUGUCUAUGGAGUGCCAUGCUUUUGGAGUCUAUGAACAGUGGCUGGUGUUCGACUGUGGCAGCCGUCCCGUCUUGGUCCAGAAACUUCAUGUCAGAGUUGGGCAAAAGGAAACCUCCACCUGGCGCAUGGAGCCGGCCACGGCACGGAGCAGCCGCUUUGUGGACUUUGAGCACUGGCAUAGCGGAAACCGUGUGGUGGUGCCCGGUGUGGAACGAACUGCCAACGAAGUGGAGCUGCUGGCCAAGUACAAGAUCCCUUCGCUCGUGCUGGAUUUUCGUCAGGAUGCCGAGGGCAAGCCAGUUGCCCGCUUGAACUAUCGCGAGCAAAUGCACAACUUUUUGUUCAGGGAAGAAAAGGCCCAGCGGACACGGAUUGCGAAGCUCAACUUGCAAGUGGUCCUCACCCUUAGACAGAUGAUGCAAAUCCCUUUCCAAGGGAUGAAGUUUGCUCCGCAAGGGGAGCUGUAUGCCGAGGUCACAACUCCUUAUUCUCUGACUCAGGACUCUAUGGAAGGCCACUUGCUGCACCGCUCUGUGAAGACGGCCUUCCUGGCGCCAGAUCCACCGACUAACAACCGUGUCUUUGAGGUCUCCUUGCAGAGCAAGGACAUCUCUGACAGGAGCAUUUGGCUUCUCCUACCCCGGCGCUGCUGCUUUGAGCUGGGACUCAAAGCAGAUGCAUCCCUCCAGGUGGAGGUCCAGUUCCAGAUCGACCGGUUCCUUUUCCAGCAGUGGCAUCAUGCCGUUGACACCAUCUGUGAUGUGCGGUUGGUCCUACCAGAUGUGGCGGCAUGCUCCAUCCCUCAAUCCCCCAGACAGAGUUUGUCACCAUUGCUGCAGCGUGGGAAUGACAAGCAGAAAAAAGCCCUCUCCUUCAUCAUUGGGGAAGUGGCAAGCGGGAAGCGGCAAGUGCCCCCCCUCUUGAUCUAUGGGCCUUUCGGGACGGGAAAGACCUUCACCUUGGCCAUGGCCACCCUGGAGAUCAUCAAGCAGCCAGGAACACGGGUGCUAAUCUGUACCCACACUAACAGUGCUGCUGAUAUCUACAUCCACGAGUAUUUCAAUGACUAUGUCACAUCAGGGCAUCCGGAGGCGGUUCCAUUGCGAAUCAAAUACACUGGCCGUUCUGUGAAAGCCACCGACCCGAUCACGCUGCGCUAUUGCCUCCUCUCCCCGGCCGGGGAUUCCUUUCGCCUCCCCACAAAGGAAGAACUGGAUCAGUUCCGCAUUGUGAUCACCACCUCCAUGCUCUCCCAAGAUCUGGGGUUACCAGCCGGCUAUUUCAGCCACAUUUUGAUUGACGAAGCUGCCCAGAUGCUGGAGUGUGAAGCUCUGGUCCCCCUCUCUCUCGCUACUUUGGAGACCCGUAUCAUCUUGGCCGGGGACCACAUGCAGGUCACCCCAAAGCUUUUCUGCCUGAGGGAUGGCGAACAGUCAGCUGACCACACACUACUGAACCGCCUCUUUCAGUACUACAAAAAGGAGAAGCACGAGGUGGCCCUGAAGAGCAGGAUCAUCUUCAACGAGAACUACCGCUCCACUCCCAGCAUCAUUGACUUUGUCUCCAGGCACUUCUACGUGGGCAAGGGAGAUGCCAUCUGCGCCAAGGGCAAUGUACCUCCUCAUCCGGACUUGUACCCACUCAUGUUCUGCCAUGUGGCUGGCUCGGCCGAGAGGGAUAUGUCCAUGGUGUCUUGGUGCAACAACUUGGAGAUAAGGGAAGUCAUUGAGAAGGUGGAAGAGAUGCGUCAAAGGUGGCCAAAUGAAUGGGGAAAGCAGGAUCUGAAAAGGAUGUGCGUGGUUUCCCAUGGCAUGCAGGUGAUGGCAAUAAGACAGGAGCUAAGGAAAAGGCACCUGGGAGAGGUGACGGUGGACAACUAUGAGAACCUGCCAGGGAAACAAUUCCGUGUUAUUAUCAUCAGCACUGUCCAUACCAAGGAAAGCCUCAGCGUUAUCAACUCCCCCAAUGUGGACUUCUUCAAUGAUGCCAGGGUGCUGAACACUAUAAUGACGAGGGCUCAAUCCCAGGUCAUUGUAGUUGGGGAUGCGGUGGCGUUGUGCUCUUACGGACAAUGCAGCAAGGUCUGGAAAGGCUUCAUCAAGGAGUGCAUUAGCCAAGGAUCAAUGAGUCCUGAAUCCCUAACCCUGGAGAACAUAAGACAGGCUGUGUGUGACCAGGAGAGCUGGAAGAGAGAGAGUCCUGCAUCCGAAGAAGAAGAGCAGGAUGUAGAUUCUUGGUUCUCCGAGGCAGAAAACAUGAAUAUUGAAGACCCCAUACUGCAGGAGCUUCUGGACGAGAGCAAAGACCUGGUAGUGACGGUCUCAAACGAAGGUCUCUUGAACGUGAGAUCCGAGGAGUCCAUUCCUGGAAGCCACAGGCAAGAGUACACCAGCCACUCCCAGCAGAUUAUGAUGGAGUUUCUGCGUAAGUGUCCCAAGGUCUAUAAGCGCUGUGAAUUCAUCAAGGAGCAGUUUGAUUCAGCAUCUGCUUUCUCUCUGGACGACAGCCCUCCUCUGAACAUCCAGAUCAAAGGUCGGGUUAACUGUGGGAUGGCUUUCACUGGUGACCAGGUCUUGGUGGAGAUUCUGUAUUCUGGCUCGACCAAGGCUACACCCGAAGCAGCUCUCCAUGGGAGAGUGGUGGGCAUCAUGAGGAAAGCUGAGGAAAAUCCUGUCUUUAUCUGCACAUUGGAUAAUUAUGAUCUACGUGUCAUGACUCCUGUUGACCGUUCAGUCACCAAAAUCUUUGUGCCAGCGGUUAAAGAUGAACCAAAAGCCAUUCCCAUUCGCAGUAUGGACCAAGCGGGGAGAAUCAAGCUGAAGAGUCUCAAGAAGGUCACCCAAGAGGACAAGAAGAAAUGCCUCUUUGUGGUCCAGGUCCUCACAUGGCGGGAAGGGUUUUACUAUCCUUUGGGGAUUGUUACUCGGGUGCUUCCCGUGCCUUCAACGCUAGAAGAAGGGCUGCAGAUCCUUGACAUUGAAUACAGUUUGACUAAAGAAUACCCUGUCACAGUGACCAAAGAGGUGGCCAAAUUCACCUCCAACAAAUCCACCACUGUGAAAGCUAAUCGGAAUGAUUGUCAAGCCUACCAAACCUUUACAAUUGACCCCCCGGGUGCUAGAGAUCUGGACGAUGCCAUCAGUGUUAGAGAUUUGGGUCAGGAAUACGAGAUUGGAAUCCACAUUGCUGACAUGGCAUCUGUCAUUCCUAAGGGAAGCGCUCUUGACAAGGAAGCCAAGAACCGGGGAGUUAGUUAUUAUGCUCCUGGAAAGGAGCCAAUUUGCAUGUUCCCACCUAAGCUCAGCCAAGACCUUUGCAGUCUCCUUCCACAGAAGGAGCGCCAAGUAAUCUCUCUCUUUGUCAUAGUCGAUAAAAAGAAUGACGAGAUGGUCAAAUGUUUCUUUACUCUGUCCACAAUCCGGUCAGACCACCAGUUCACCUACGAUGAGGCAGAACUCAUAAUUAAGAAUUACUACAGGACAGAGGUGCCAUCUCUUAAGUUUGACACACUAGAAGAUUGUGUAACGGUGGCUUAUCAUUUCUCCCAAGUCCAUCGGAUGGCCAGGCUCCAUGAAGACUGUUACUAUGAUCAAGUGGAUGAGGACAGUCCUUUGGGCCAGAGAUGUUCCCAUCAGAUGAUUAAAGAGCUUAUGAUCCUGUUCAACAGUUCUGUGGGAGAGUUCCUCACCAACAAGAAUCCCACCAGAAUUCUGACCCCUUUGCGUUGCCAGAUGGAGCCCAGCCCCCAGCAAAUUACUCAGAUGAGAAACAAAUACAGAGAUAUAAUCCCACUGUCUACUCAUCUCUCACACCAUCUCGGUGAUCCAACCACUGAAGGCCACAUGGGGGCUGGUAGUAAGUUUGUACUCCUGACAUCAUUGUGGGAACAUCUGAAGUCUGCUGCCAAUUCCUGUGACAUUCCCAUGGUUCUUGACCUGAUCACAACAGAUGAUGUCCACCCUAAGCUGGCCUCGGUGAAUCUUGAAUUCCGUAGGAAUCUGAGCCGCUCUUAUUUUUUACGCUCCAAUUCAUCCUCUUUGUCCAAAGUAGGUCAUUAUUCUUUGCAUGUGGAUUCUUAUACCUGGGCCACCUCCCCCAUCCGACGCUACAUAGAUGUCGUGCUCCAGCGACACCUUCUCUCAGUGAUCUUGAAGGAGCCAGUACAGUAUUCCACAGGGGAUAUUGAAUUGCUUUGCCAUGAUUUCAGCCGGAAGAACAUCAAGGCAUCUGCCUAUGAAAAAAAGGCCCACUCUCUGGAGAUGUCAACUCAGUUAAAACAUCAAGUCCAGCAGAAGGUGGCCUUUGUGGUGAAUGUUGAAGCAGUGGCGAAGAGCUUCAAAGUCUUGUUUCCUCUGAACAAGGAGACCCUUCCAGAGCUUCAGGUCAUCAACUAUAGAGCUCUCCAGCUUGUGGCACAGCCAUUCUUCAUUGAGGAACGGGGGAGUAUAAAGCUGGUGUGGAGGAGGAGGAUCUACUCCAUGGUGACCUUAAAGGAACACUCCUUGAAGUCAUCUGCGCUUCAGGACAAGAGGGUCACACUCUUUAAUGCAGAAUCCUGGUGCAACAUUCUUGCUGCUGUCAGAAACCAAGAAUAUGAAAAGGUCCUCUCACUUCUUCAGAAGAGUCAUAGUAUGUAUUGGAGAAAUACGGGGAGGAUUGAGAGGAGCAAGUGCUUGCAUUAUGUGGAGCUGUCACUGGAGGUCAGUGGCGGGGACGUCUUGAACCUCCAGCUCACCACAGAUGUCAAACGGGGUUUCCUAGUGCCCUUUGUGCAGCUGUGGACCAUCACUCCUGGAUUUGAUGUGUGUCUGGAGCAUUCAGAGAAACCCAUCGACUGCUUCUCUUCCUACGCUACCGAAGCAUCAAAAAAGAAAUAUAAGAGCGCCUAUGAAUAUCGCAAAAUUUGGCUGCCACUCUCCGACAUGGAAGCGGCUUUUAGCGCUGUGGCUGAAAAUGACUCCAUUGUCCUGCAGGAUGUCAGUAUCGCCUGGGAUAAGAGAAGAACAAAGAAAGGGCAACUUCAAGGGACCUUCUCCUUCACCAAAGACUUCCUGAAAGAAUGUGCCAUUGAAGUGGAUUUCGGCUACUGCUACCUCUGCAUCCGCCUUUCAGGCCUGAAGGCGAACGGACUCCAGAAUAGUGUGGAGGCCCUAAGCCACAACCUCCAACAGCUGAGUUUGACCAAAGAACACACCGAGAGUGAUAGAUUGAUGGUGGACCCAGCUACAUACACCUGGGUGGCCCAUGGGUGUACUGAAGAGUCUGUGAGUGAUGACAAGUCUGAUCCGCGUAGUGAAAAUAUGGUGCGCUUCUACAUACAUUUUAUGUCCAUGAAAACCAUCCCAGUUGAGGUCACCCAGGCAUCUUCCAGGUUCACCGUGGAGCUGAUCCCAAAGUUACUUCCUGAUGUCCGUAAGGAGAAAGCAAUUUGGCAACUGGAACAUGCGACACUGCUUGCUAAGGGAAUAGCUCUCGGCCGGGAGACUAUCAACAUCCCAAUUCAAUCCAGUCUUCUGACGCGGAGAAACUUCGACAUUCUGGGCAGGUCACAGCAGCUCAACCCCAGCCAAAGCCGAGCCGUUUCCGAAGCUUUGAGAAAGGCAUUCACACUCAUCCAAGGCCCGCCAGGAACUGGGAAAACCGUGGUUGGGACUCACAUUGUCUACUGGUUCCACCAGCUGAAUCUAGAACGGCAAGAGAAAGAGCCCACCUUGGAUGAUCGAGACAAAGCCAAGAGCCAUAUCCUGUAUUGUGGGCCCUCAAACAAGUCUGUGGAUGUUGUUGCAGGGAUGCUGAUGAAGAUCAGAGGAUUGAGACCUCUGAGAGUGUAUGGAGAAACAAUCGAAUCCAUGGAAUUCCCUUAUCCUGGCAGCAGUUUGAACAUCUCCCGGAAAUCCCAGCGGGAAUCUAAACCCGAUCCAGAGAUCAGGAGAAUAACUUUGCACCACAUGAUCCGCCACCCAUCACGUCCCUAUUCGAGUGAAAUUUGUGCAUUUGAUGCCCGCGUGAAACGUGGAGACCAGAUCACAGAUGAGGAAGUUGAGCAGUACAAGCAGUUGCUGAACAAGGCCCGGAAACUCGAACUGGAGUGCCACGACGUGAUCCUGUGCACAUGCUCCGCUUCUAGUGGCAACAACUUGAAGCAGUUCUUGAAUGUCCGGCAAGUGCUGGUGGACGAGUGCGCCAUGUCCACGGAGCCAGAAACCCUCAUCCCGUUGGUGAGCUACAAAACCAUUGAGAAGGUUGUCUUGCUGGGGGACCAUCAGCAGCUGAGACCCGUGGUCCACAUUGAUAUGUGCAAGGCAAUGGGCAUGGAGACAUCACUCUUUGAGCGUUAUAAGGAUGAGGCCUUCAUGCUUACCAUCCAAUAUCGCAUGCACAGCGACAUCUGUGCGUUCCCCUCGGAAGCAUUUUAUGGCAACAGAUUGAAGACUUGCCCUUAUCUUAAGCGUGCUGCCAGCACCCUCUUCCACAGAGGCCGGUCCUCCUGCGCCAUCAUCUUUGGGCACAUAGAAGGCAAGGAGAAGAGCCUCAUGGUCUCCACAGAGGAAGGGAACGAAAACUCCAGGGCCAACCUGGAAGAAGUGCAGCAAGUGGUCAGGAUAGCCAAGCAGCUGACACUUGACAGGACCACGAGGCCAGAGGAGGUUGCCAUCCUGACCCCUUACAAUGCCCAGGUGAUGGAGGUCAAGAAACUUCUUUCCCAGGAGGGGCUGCCGAAUAUAACUGUUUGCACCAUCAUGAAAAGCCAAGGCAGUGAGUGGAAAUACGUGAUUAUGUCCACUGUCCGCUCGUGUUCCCGGUCCGACAUUGAUAUAAAGCCCACCAAGAGCUGGCAGAAUAAGAACUUGGGGUUUGUGUGUGACCAGAACCAAAUCAACGUCGCCAUCACACGGGCGCAAGAGGGGCUCUGUAUUAUCGGAAACAGUUAUCUCCUGGAAAGCAACGCCUUGUGGAGAAGACUUCUGCAACAUUACAAAAUGCAGAGAUGUUACACCACUGCUGCCAACAUUCAGAUUAGAAGGAGGUCUGCUGUUCACUAGUGUAAAUGGGUACCUACUGAUGCUAACCCAUAGCUAUGACCUGAAACUGUGUUUCCAGCACUUUCCUGCCUUUGCAGCAAACAGGACUUGCCACGCUGAGCCAAAAUUUCCAAACACUGUUAUUCCUUUCACCCACAAUGUUCCAGGGACCAGCACCAUAUUUGUUCCCACUGACUCAGCUGUUUCCUUCUUUCAUGGAAGCUCUUGGUUCACCACUGGCUCAGGCACUGAUAUCAAACCAUUGGUCCCCACUUUGAGUCGCUCUGUUCUAUAUCAGGGCAGACAUAUGGACCUGUGCUUCAUAAGUAGUAUGGAUUUAUGAGAUGUCCAAAAUGGCAUUCGUUGUGACCUUGGUCCUGCCUAAGUUUGGCUCUGUAUAAUGCUGCUUCCUUGUUCCUUGGCUCUGAUAGCAAAACCACACCAAAGUUCCUAAGAUGUGGGGAGUUAAAAGAGCAAAGCUAUUUCAGGGCUUCAGUUUUUAAAUCAGUGGCAAGUUUCAUGAAAUGACUGGCCAACACCAUGCUGUAGGUGACUUACUGGGUCGUAAUCCUCCAAUGAAUUUGAUGUCUUCCUGAAGCUGCAUCUUAACUUUUUUUGGGAACCAAAUGAAUGUUCUGUAAAUCCAAAAGAAGGGUUCAAAAGGAUGUAUGAGAAGAAGGCCAGAACCAAAGAGAAAACUACUAACUGGGAUUUCAUGGUCUACCUUCUUCACUCAAAGAUGGGAGAACUACUUUUGCUCCAUUGCAGAAGAACCAGCAAUAUUUUCUGGCGUGGUCCAGAAAAGCCUGUAAAUAAGGAUCUGUUUGAGACCAAAUGCAUAUUUUUAUCAUGAGAGUUCAAAUUUUUAAUCACAUUUAACAGCCUAUAUCUCUAUCUAUCUAUCCCAGGGAUCUCUUUUUUCAGAAAUAGAAUGGUUGUGUGGGUGUGUAUACAGCUUCUAUUUUUUAAAAUGACUACUUGAAAGCAUUUCCUUUUUAUAAUAAUGUUUUAAAGUCUUUUAAAAAGAAAAAAAUGUGGACAUAAAAGCUUUUCUGGCCCCUAUUCUGCACUUUAUAGUUUUACCAGCAACUCUAAAUAUAUGCAUGAAGCACCUUGUACCCAGGAUGUGAAUAUGGAGCAGUUGCGUGCCUUGAAAGGCAGUGACGUUUUGGAAGGCAAUUUCUGCUUUUCUGGUGAAGGCUAUAUGCAUCAUAUGUCAUCACAUCCACUUUAUAUUGAUAUUUUAUGUUAGCCUUGGGUGGCCAGGGGAUAUUGUCAGGGACAUUGGAAGCAAUGGAAGGGGGGGGGGGGAAUGAAGACGUUCUUUUCCCAUUGUUCUACCUCAGUAAUCUUACAUGUGAAACAAACUGCCUUCGCUAUGCACCAUGGAUAAGACUAUAACAAAAUUUGAGAAAAAAACUGUUCCUGGUUUGAAAGUGUUAUUUCCUGUUUAAUUACUGUGGUCUUUACUUUGAAAGUACAGUAGUUGUUCUACCCCAGAAACUUCAUUUUCUGGCUGCCACAAACUAGAUUGAAUUGGUUGAAACUCAAUGAUACAUUCAUUGAAAGGCUAGAGCAUAAUGUGCUGUAGGAUGUUCCACAAAAACAAAGUUUUUGAAGUUUUUCCUUCCUUCCUACUGAUAGAACCAAUAAGGAAAUGACAUUUAUAACCCAGGAACAAAAACGGUGUCACAUAGUGUAAUUUCAGCCUAGAAAUGAACUGCCUGUAUGUCACUUGUACAUAAUGGAAUAGGGAGGCCUUGUGGAGACAUCCUGAUACUCUUGUGCUAACUUGGGGAUAUUCAUGACAUAAAUAGGUGUGUUGGAAAACUUGGCUUUAUGUUAUCCAGUGUGGAAACCUAUUAAUCCAGUAAAUCUUUGGAGCACAACUUCCAAAAUCAUCCAAGCAACACAACAUCUGAGUGUUGUUGUUCAAAUGCUAUUUUCUCUUUUUUAACCUCAUUAUUUAAAAAAAUAACCAGCAGACUUUUUAUAAAGAUAGUUAUCUAUCUAUCUAUAUACUAUCACCUUGCUUCUCUAGAGAAAAUGCAAUUCAGAGCAUUUUUUUAAAGCUAUAAACACUGAUAUAUGUAGAUCAGGCAUGGGCAAACUUGCGCCCUCCAGGUGUUUUGGACUUCAACUCCCACUAUUCCUAACAGCCUCAGGCCCCUUCCUUUUCCCCCUCAGCCGCUUAAGCCCAGGUAAAAAUUGGUUUUAGAUUUGGUUUUUUUAUACAAUAAUGUCUAUAUUAUCAACAGCAAACUGAUACAACAAUCUUUGUGACCAGCUUCUUCAUAUGUGUUUUGAAUUAAUGAAUACUUUUAAUGGUAUUUUUAAUGGAUUCAACUUUAAUAAUUUUUUAAAAAAUUGCACAUUUGUUUCAUAGGGAACUGCAGAAAGAAAACAUAGUUGAAUAUCUGGAUUAAAUGUAGUUACUGAUCUUAACUAGAACAGAUAUACUUGGUCAGUAUCUUUUACAGAACAUAUUGCCUGUUCAUUUAACAGUGAUCUCUACAGCCAGACAAUACACUGGCUUUACAUCAUUAUGAAUUCUGGAGUUUUAAUUUUGUCAUAAGGAACUGAUUAAAAACGUUUACAUUAUUUUAUGAACAAUUGUAUUUUAAUUAAACUUUGUGAAACUAUAUGUAUGAUAUAAAAUAAAAAUCUGUUUCUUAAUUCUCAUUAUGCUAAUAAACUGGGGGAGGGAUUAUGGCAAGGGAAGGAAGGAAAGAGGACAGUUCUUAAGCAGGGAGAAUAAUGCCUUUCUGCAAUUAAGAUCAAAAGGUGCACAGGUUGGUUGAGAAAGUAAAUCUCUCUUUGGGUGCCUCUAGACCAGGCAUGGGCAGACUUCAGCCCUCCGAGUGUUUUAGACUUCAACUCCCACAAUUCUUAAUAGCCAGUAGGCUGUUAGGAAUUGUGGGAGUUGGAGUCCAAAACACCUGGAGGGCCAAAGUUUGCCCAUGCCUGAUCUAAACUGUAGAAGUAAUGCAUUGACACCACUUGAACUGUCGUGGCUCAAUGCUCUGAAAUCAUGAGAAUUGUAGUUUUUUUCUGAAUUGCAGUUCAGCACCAUUAAUUGAGUGAAUGAGUGAUACAUAUCAGCUUAUGCCACCUAUAAAGAUGAUGUAUUAUUGGCUAUUUUCAGGCACAUUGGUGUAAGGAUGUGGCAUGCAAACACUUGUUGGGAUGAAUUAAGUUGUAUAAAAUUAAAAUUAAGUUGAGCAAUG